AUGGCUUCGAAUGAAAAUAAUGAUGAAAAACCUAAUUUACGACCAACAAAACGUAUAGCUGCUGGUGGUAAAAGUAUAUUUUUACAUCAUAAUCCAAAUCAUCCAUCAAAUAAAUCAUAUAUACAGGCAGCAUGGAAUAAUACAAAUGAGAAAACUAAUGAAAAUCUCACAGAUAAACCAGAUCCAUUUGGUAUUGAACAACCUCAUGUUGAAUAUUCAUUAAAUAAACAACAACGAUGGAAUAUUUUAAAUGAUUUUCGUCGACAUUUAACUAAUAAUCAAUCCGAUUCAUCAUCUGACGAUGAACUUGAUGUACAAUCUGAUUCAGAACAACAACAACAACAGAAAAAUCGUUUAAAAACAAAGAAAAAAAAUUCACGACGAGCAAUAGAUAAUCGUGAGACAAAAUAUCGUUUAUAUGAAUUUCAUAAUACUGAUCAACAAGCUAGUUGUGUUAGUAUUACAAGUAAUACAGGUCAACAACGUACUCAAGUGCCAAAAAAUACUUAUAUGCAAGGACCACUAAGGUCAAUAAGAGGAAAAAUUGGUGACUCACUUCAUACUAAUAUUACUGAGGAUAAUAAUGAACGAAGAACAACUGCUGCUGCUGAUGUAACUUAUUAUGCUGUUGUACCACCACCAAAAGAAAAACAAUUUGCUAAUAUUCGAAAACAACAUAGUCAUAAAGCGAAAAAAGUUACAUUAGGUGUUCAACGUUCGAAAUUUACUCAAAUGAAAGAAAGUAUGGAUGUUGGGGAUGACUUCGCAGGAGAUGAAGAACAAACAUCGACCGAUGAUGGUGAUGAACCAACAACACCUAAUGAUGCUUCACAAAAACCCGGUCAUUUACAUUUAAAUGAUUUUAUUCCACCUAUAUCAAAUGAUGAUAAUGUUCCAACAACAAUAAUAAGCGAAAAUCUAGUAACAAUCGAUAAAUUUGAUCCGAAAGCAUCACGUUUUUAUAUCGAUGAUAUUGAUCCAUCACAUAAAUUUCGCCGACAAAUUAGUCGCGAAGAAAAACUCUAUAAUCGUGAUAAAGCUAUCUAUCUUCAAAGACAAAAAAGUACUGGUAAAAAACAUCAAUCUAAUGAAAAAUCUCAUAAUCAUUUAAUGUCAUUAACAUUUCGUUCAAUACUAUUAAAUAAAAAUGAUUUAUCAAUUGAAUAUCUAUCAAAAACAUAUGGAAAAAGUUUUAUUCAUGCUCAAUGUUAUCCAACAAAAUAUUUAUUAUGUUUAACAGAUCGUUUAAAAUCAAAUAAAUGGUCAAAUCAAUUCGAUCUUUUUCCAACUUAUUCAACACUUAAUUCAUAUCUUAUCCUUCUAUUAAAUGAUGAUAUAUCUACAAAUGAGAGUUUCUAUAGAGUACAAGUUGGUCUUAAUAUGGAUUUAUAUUCGGAUACGAUCGAAAUUGAAAGUUUAUAUGAAUCAACAGAAUCUAUAUAUAAAAUAAAUGAUUUAAUUGAUAAAACAAUUGAAUUCAUUACAACUUUACCAUUUGAUACAUUUAAACCAAUUGAUUCAGAAUUAAAUCGAAGAAAACUUAUACAAAAUGAAGAAGAUAAUGAAUUAAGUGAAAGUGAAUUUAUCAAUAAACAAAUUCGUCAUUUACAUUUAUUAGAUAAAAAUCAUAAACAAACGAAAACAAUACUUGAAGAUGAACAAUUAAAUAAUGAUAUACCCAUGGAAGAAUAUGAUUUAAUUAAACCGGAUAUUUGUACAAGUUGUUAUCGAGAUAUGGAUGAUACAAUUCCUAUGACAGC